AUGUCUUUUCAGGAGAUCCCUAUUAUCGAUUUGAAGCUUGGACUUGAUCCUGCGACCAAACCCCAGUUUUUGCAAGAUCUCCGUCAUGCACUUAUUAACGUUGGGUUUCUUCUUUUGAAGAACUACGAAGUUUUUGGUCCUAACGAUAAUGAUCUUGCCAAAAUCAAACAACAGGCAUUCGACUUCUUUGAUCUUCCGGACGAUGUCAAACUUGGCUGCGAAAUGAUCAACAGCCCACAUUUUUUGGGCUACACCCGUUUAGCCAACGAAAUCACUGCUUCUCAUACUGACUGGAGAGAACAGAUUGACUUGGGCACAGAAUUGCCAGCUCCUGGAGCUGACGAGCCGAUUUACAGAAAUAUCGAGGGGCCCAAUUUGUGGCCAGACGCCAGUGCCAUUCCUGGAUUUCGCCCUACCAUCACCGACUACAUAGCAAAGAUGACCAAUUUAAGUAGUCAUUUCCGCGACUUGGUUCUUGAAGCCAUUGGAUUAGAACCCUCUGCCUUAGACUCUUAUUUCAAGCCCAACCAACAGUGUAAGAUGAAGUUGGUAGCAUACCCAGACUCGAGUCAAUUGACGCAAACCAAGUCCGUAGCAUUGGACGAUACGCCUCUGACACAACAAGGUGUGGGUCCUCACAGGGACUCUGAUUUGCUCACGUACAUUUUCCAGGCCACAGAACAUACUGAUUCUUUACAAGUGCAAAACUUUCAGGGCCAAUGGAUCACAGUGCCUAAUAUUCCACGCACUUUGGUAGUGAAUGCAGGUCAGACUCUCGAGGCCAUUUCCCAGGGGGUUUGUAAGGCUACGAUACAUCGUGUAUUGAUCCCCAAGCCAGGCUCUGGAACUAGAAUUUCGAUUCCUUUUUUCCAGACUAUAGAUUUGGACAGUUACAAGUCGGUGGUGGAAGGCAUUCCAGCAGACGUGCUCCAGCUGCGUGACGAAAGGGACAAGAAGAUCAAGGACUGGGGCGUGGACGUUGGGUUUCAGUUCAAACCAGACGUCAGCAAGCAUCCCGUUGGAUACGCUGUGUUCCGUAACCGUAUCAAAUCGCACCAGGACGUUGCUGCCAGGUGGUAUCCUUCUGUGUUGAAAGAGGUAUUACAGGAGUACAAAUUCUAA